CUUAGUCUUGCAACUGCCGUGCAGUUUUGUGGGUUUCGGUCGGUCGUAGGGACACUUUGGACGAUGGCUGAUGUGGAUGGACCGGAGCUCGCGCGUAGGUUCUACGAAUGUAUGAUGAACGACAGGCGAGAACAUAGGGCGGAUGUAGGUUUGUCAGCGAGGGCACUUCAUGUCGCCGUACAGGGUCUAAGGGAGGCAGGGGUGCCUGCGGAAAGAUGGAGUACUUUCGUCCACAUCGGUGCCUGA